UUUAUAUUUAAUAUAUUGUGGAGUAAUUUUUUAUUUGUGCAAGUUUUUCUGUAAUAAUUAGUAUCUAUGACACUACGAAAAAUGAAGCUAUUGAUUAAGCAUAUUAAUCCUACUUCAGGUUCACAUAAUGCAUCUGUUAUAUUUCUACAUGGUUCCGGAGAUACUGGAAGAAAUUUAAUUGAAUGGGUUAGAUUUUUGCUGGGACGUGACUUGGAAUUUCCUCACAUAAAAGUAAUCUACCCAACAGCACCGUUUAAACCCUACACACCAAUGGGCGGUCAAAUGUCGAACGUAUGGUUUGAUAGGCAAUCUAUAUCCAUAACAGCUCCAGAAAAUAGUCAAAGUUUGGAAGAUAUAUAUAAAAAAGUUAAUGACAUUAUCAACGACGAAGUUUCUCAAGGUGUACCUGUUAAUCGAAUAAUAGUUGGUGGAUUUUCAAUGGGUGGUGCUUUAGCAAUGCACGCUGGAUAUCAUUUAAACACUCAGCUUGGUGGAGUGUUUGCUUGUUCCUCAUUUCUAAAUCGGAAUUCAAUUGUGUACGAAUCACUUAAGAGCAAAUCGGGGUCAGACACUGUUUUACCAGAGCUAAAAAUGUUUCACGGAGGACGGGACACAUUAGUACCUAUAGAAUGGGGACAAGAAACGUUUGAAAACCUAUCGGAACUUGGGGUGAAGGGCUCAUUUACUCCACUGAAGAACACACUGCACGAAUUGAAAAAACAGGAACUAUUGGAUCUGCAAGAAUGGAUUUUGCAAAAACUGCCACCACUAGAUAAAUAAAAGAUUAUUGUGACUGAUUUAAGUAAAAAAUAAUUAUGUAAAUAAACGUAAAUUAAAUACAAAAA